GGCUGUCUUCUGGAAGUAGGGCCCGAGGUCUGUCGGUGGGGUGACUUCUGCAGCGUGUGGCCGUGUGACCCCACGGAGGUGACCUCCCAGAGCGGCUGAGGUUGUGAACCCAUUGAGCCCCAGUGUAUGCGCUGACCCCAUGGCGGAGGCCCCUGGGAACCAAGGCGAGAGCUGUGUGAGCCUGGAGGACGUGUGCCUGCGUUUCACUUCAGAGGAGUGGAGUCUCCUUGAUGACGCUCAGAAGCUCCUGUACCACAACAUGAUGCUGGAGAACUUCUUGCUUGUGCUGUCCCUGGGACUUCCGAUUUCCAAAUCCUUCCCAGGAACUCGAGUUUAUCCAUCAUGGCCUUAUUUGCUCCAGAAAGAUAAACAUAUGACCAUGGAGCCAUCCAUCAAUAUUUAGAGAAAGAAUUGAGAAGACUUCAUAGAGGAAAUUAAAUUGUGCUGAGGAAG